AUGCAGACUAAUCGAGCACCAAGGCAGUUUGUGUUGUGCUUUGACGGCACGGGCAACAAGUUCUCCGGUAAUGAAUCUGAUAGCAACGUGCUCAAAAUUUUCAGAAUGCUUGAUCGUAGUGGUGGGGAUCAGUUCCAUUAUUAUCAGCCUGGAAUUGGGACAUAUGUGACUUCGACCUCGCUGUCCAGUUCCGGUCGCAUCCACAGAAUCCGGUCGGCCUAUCUCAAAGCAAAAGACGCUGCGAUAGGCUCAACCCUGGCGGAACAUGUCAUGGGAGGCUACAAGUUCCUGAUGCGAUACUACACGCCGGGAGACGAUAUCUACUUUUUUGGGUUUAGUCGGGGGGCAUAUGUCGCACGAUUUCUCGCGGAAAUGCUGGAUGAGAUCGGCCUUCUCGAGGCAGGUAAUGAAGAGCUCCUCCGGUUUGCUUGGAAGACAUUCGCCAAAUGGCAGCAACGCCGAGGCAAUACGGAAGAAAAGGCAAGAUUAGCCAAAUACAUGGAGGCGUUUCGAGAAACGUUUAGCCGGCCUGUGUCUCAGAUUCGCUUCCUAGGUCUCUUUGAUACGGUCAAUAGCGUGCCACGAUUUGAGAAUGCGUGGAUGCAGCGCAGCAGGUUCCCUUAUACUGCUCGCACCAGAGCCAGGGUAAUUCGGCAUGCUGUCAGUAUUGACGAGCGCCGGGCGAAGUUCCGGCAGGACCUGAUCGGAGAAGUGAAACCGUCCACACCAACAGGCCCGACCUCCCGACGACAACAGGUGCGAGAUCAUCUUGCACGGCAUCACUUGUAUCUCCCACACGAUCCUGCUCACCACCGCCAUCACCACGAGAAAGAGCAGCUCAAGGGUGCCGCUGGAACCCCGGCGAAGACCAGGACCCAUAAGGCGUAUCGGCCGCCGGCACGUCAUCUUCGAGACGAUCACUCAGCGCGGUCUUUACCGAGCGCUGCGGCGAGCCAUUCUUCCCUGUCAUUGGAAUCCGAGGAGGAUGAAGAGCAGGACAUUGAAGAGGUGUGGUUCCCCGGAUGCCACGCGGACAUCGGAGGAGGGUGGGAAUUGGAGGAUGGCGAAGGAUAUGCUUUAAGUCACGCCCCACUCGUCUGGAUGGUAGAAAAGGCGCAGGAGGCAGGUGUAAAGUUCAGCGUCAAGAAGCGGAAGGCCUUUAACUGCUGGCAUGAUCCAGGCUGUCUGGCCCAGGGCCGAGAGCAGGACACGGCGUCCCCAGAGAACCACAUGAGCAAUCCUCAACCGAUUGUGAUUGCACCGGGUAGCACAGAUGAAAAGGCUGGCAUUUCUCAUUUUGAACACGCCCUUCGCAGAUCGAGCACGGACGGAAAGAUUCAUGAUUGCCUUCAAUUCCGGAAAGGGCUUCCAUGGACCUCGGUCUUGUCUUGGAAAGUAAUGGAGUAUAUACCCUUCCGGCGCAUGGACUUACAAGAGGAUGGUUCCUGGAAGCCCAUUCGCUGGCCCCUUCCUCGCGGUGAAGUGCGUGAUAUCCCUAGCGAUGCAAAGAUCCACGUGUCGGCAAUCAACCGUCUGCGGUUCAACCCCGAGUAUCGACCCGGAAAUUUGAUUAUUGGUGGCGGGGGUAGAGGUGUGAAAAUCGCGCCCAAAGAGCGCGGUAUUGGGGAUUGGGAGGUGGCCGACCACCACGGCUGUCCUAUCCAGGAGACAUAUCUCCGCAAGCAAAUAUCCCACGUUGCUGUUGCAUGA